AGCUGUCGAAGGCCACAUGUGGUCCCUGGGCCAUAGGUUGGACAUGUCUAAUUUAGAUGAAUAAAGUGGAAAUGUCCUCAUGGUUAUUUUUUUAUAGAGAAGCCAAGUUAGAUGGAACUCUAAAGAAAGCAAAUCUUCUUUCCUUCCUUUGUUAGAUUAAAAAAAAGACAUUUCAGAUUCAGCUAAUAUUCUGAACCCAGCACCCAUUGUGAAAUAUCAUGGAUAAAGGAAAUGAUUCUGUCAUUACUGAAUUCAUUCUUCAGGGAUUCACAGACAAUCCCAAAAUGCAGCUUGUUCUUUUUUUUAUCUUCCUCUCAAUUUAUGUCAUUGCUGUGUUAGGGAAUGUUGGGAUGAUUCUAUUGAUAUGCACUAGUACCCAGCUUCACAAACCCAUGUAUUACUUCCUGGGCAACCUCUCCUUUGUUGAUCUCUGCUGUUCCUCAACCAUUGCUCCUAGAAUGCUGAUUGAUUUAUUAAGUGAAACUAAAAGGAUUUCUUACAAUGCCUGUGCUACACAGCUCUUUUUCUAUGUGUUUUUUGUAGACAUAGAGUGUGUUUUGUUGGCUGUGAUGGUCUUUGACAGGUAUGUGGCUAUCUGUAAUCCACUUCUCUAUUCAGCUAAAAUGUCCAAAACGCUCUGCCAACAACUGAUUGCUUUUCCAUAUUGCAUAGGCUUCAUGGAUACAAUAGUAUAUACUUCCUCUACAUUCCUACUCACAUUCUGCAGGUCAAAUCUUAUUAAUCAUUUCUUCUGUGAUAUGCCUCCACUGUUUGUACUCUCCUGUUCUGACACCUAUGUUAAUGAGCUUGUGCUACUUAUCAUUGAUGGCUUCAUUGAAGCAUGCAGCAUUUAUAUGAGUCUUAUAUCCUAUGUCAGUGGUUCUCAACCUUCCUAAUGCUGCGACCCUUUAAUACAGUUUCUUAUGUUGUGGUGACCCCCAACCAUAAAAUUAUU